UAUGCCAAAGAAUGGUGCCCUGCUCUUAAAAAUGCAAACAACACAUUUACAGAGUGCCAUUCUGUGGUAGAUCCAGAGGCCUUCUAUAAGCGAUGCUUGUACUCCACCUGCAGCUGUGAGAAGACUGAGGCCUGUAUGUGUGCUGUUUUCUCUGCUUAUGCUCGAGCUUGUGCUGCAAAGGGGGUGUUCCUGAAAAACUGGGGAGGAAAUGAGUGUGCCACAUACACAACUUGCCCAGAAACUCAGGUCUUUGGUUUCAUACACAAGAGGUGCCAGCUUACAUGCAGAUCUUUGAGCUCAAACCAGCAGAGCUGUUCCUCAGACUUCUUGCCUCUGGAUGGAUGCUCCUGCGCUGAGGGAUUCUAUCUGAAUGAAGAUGAUAUUUGUGUCCCCAUUGAAAAAUGUUCCUGUUUUUACAAUGGAGCCUACAUCCAGGCAGGAAAGUCUGUUACUAUCAAAGACGAGCACUGGUGAGUCCUUUUUUUCACUUAACAAUUGUAG